UACACAUAAACUGGUCACACUAUUGCGUUCUCUUCAGACAUCGUGAAAAAAUCGGCGCGCCAUUUCUGUCCACCUUUUGCGUCCGACUCGCUUUGUUUAUGCUGACUUGGUGAAUUUCGCGUGUUUGAUUGUUUUAGACAGAGCCCGGGCGACCGCCAGCCGCCCCCACUCCAGGAACUGCGCCAUUGCUGAUCGUUGGCCAACGUUGUGAAAUCAAGGAAUUGCUCAUCGCGUUAGCUCGCGUCUGAAGGACAAAGGAAGGGGGCUUCCAAAGUACAUGUGUGUUUUCUGAGCGACGAGACGAGUGUGUGAGCAACAUGUUUGGCGGCUCGAAACCAACCUUUGGGGCCACACCCGGAGCCACAAGCUUUGGCAGCUUCAGCGGCACCACAGCGGCCACUCCGUUCGGCCAGUCAGCGUUCGGCAAGCCGGCUGCUCCGGCCUUUGGCAACACCUCCACCUUUGCCGCCCAGCCGACACAGCCGUCUCUUUUCGGUGCCGCAGCCACGCCUGCGCAGCCCACGGGCGGAUUGUUUGGAGCCAGCACUUCCAGUGCCUUCGGGACCACCGCCGCAGCCCAGCCUUCGACAUUUGGAGCGUUUUCGCAACCACAGCAGACCUCGAACAUCUUUGGAUCCACCCAAGCGGCGCCCAGCAACUCACUCUUCGGCCAGUCGUCGCUGCCGGCCUUUGGAGCCGCCAAACCGGGAAUGACGGCCUUUGGCCAAACGGCUGCCGCCCAGCCCACUAGCUCGCUGUUUGGCCAGCAGGCUGCGUCCACCAGCACCUCGGGAUUCGGCACCUUCGGACAGGCGGCGCCUACUAACACCAGUGUCUUUGGCAGCGGCACCGCCUCGGCAUUUGCCCAACCCCAGGCCACCGCUGUGGCCACCGGGGUUAACUCAGGCACCGCCGUGGCCAAGUAUCAACCUACAAUCGGCACGGAUACCCUUAUGAAGAGCGGCCAGCCAAAUAGUGUCAACACGAAGCUGCACUGCAUCACAGCCAUGAAGGAGUACGAGCUAAAGUCGUUGGAGGAACUGCGCAUGGAGGAUUACCUCUGCUCGCGCAAGGGUCCGCAGGCAGGCAGUGCGCCAGGCGCGUUCGGAUUCUCCAGUCAGGUGGCCCAGCCGCAGCCGCAACCUGCUGCCACCGGUUUGUUUGGAAGCACACAGCAGCAGGGGACGAGUCUUUUUGGUCAGACGGUGACGGAAAACAAGAGCCUGUUUGGCAACACGGCCUUUGGGCAGCAGCCAGCGACUAGCAGUGCCUUUGGAGCACCGGCCCAGCAGAACAACUUCCUGCAGAAACCAUUUGGAGCAGCCACUACCACACCUUUUGCCGCUGCGCCCACUGACGCAUCCAAUCCGUUUGGUGCCAAGCCCGCCUUCGGACAGGGGGCUAGCUUGUUUGGACAGACACCGGCAACUAGCGCUGCACCGGCCUUCGGUCAGACCAGCACCGGAUUCGGAGGCUUUGGAACCACAGCUGGAGCUACGCAGCAGACAUCGCUGUUCGGUGCUACGCCCGCUGCCGAUCCUAACAAGUCGGCCUUUGGACUGGGCACAGCUGCCCCAACGGCCACUUCAGGAUUUGGUUUUGGAACUCCGGCCACGAGCACCGCUGGCGGAGGACUCUUCGGGGCCAAGCCGGCCACAAGCUUCGCUGCGCCUGCCUUUGGAGCCACCUCAACAGCAAAUACCGGCUUUGGAGGCUUCGGUAUCAACACCAGCACUGCAGCCACGGGCGGAGGACUCUUCAACUCUGGAUUGAACAAGCCAGCCACCUCCGGAUUUGGUGGUUUCGGAGCCACCAGUGCAGCACCACUAAACUUCAACGCUGGAAACACGGGUGGUUCGCUUUUCGGGCAAGCGGCUAAACCGGGAGGUGGCCUCUUCGGUGGUGGAACUUCGACCCUGGGAGGCACGGGAGCUGCUCCAGUCGGCGGUCUCUUUGGAGGUGGUACUGGAGCUUUCGGAAAUGCCGGCGGUUCCUUGGGCGGUGGCUUUGGCGGCCUGGGAACAAGCAAUUCGAUGACCGGUGGACUGAUGGGUGCCCAGCCCACUGUGGGUAUAACGACGCCAUCCCACCAGCCCAUACACCAACAGAUCCUGGCUCGGGUCACUUCCCCCUAUGGAGACUCGCCUAUUUUCAAGGACUUGAAGCAUGGAAACGAGGCGGAUGCUACUAGGGCCACAAAUCCGGCUGCUCAGCAGGCUGUACUGGAUCUAAACAGCAACCAGUACAAGAUUGCCACCAAGGAUGUCCCAAAUCCAGUGAAGGUGAAGGCUCUGGGAAGCACCAUGAAUCGAAAGAGUCUGUUCAAUGGGCUCGAGGAGUUGGAUACGAGUGUGGAAUGCUUUAAUCUCAAGCCCACCGCCAAGCGUCUGGUUAUCAAGCCCAGGGUGAAUCCCGUCGAUACCGGUAAUGUCUCCAACUUAAAUGGCAGUGCUCCCAGUACUCCCCAGUCCCGUCCGAGAGUGGGAACUCCUAACAAGGAACGCGAUUCAUUCAGUGGAGCUAUUCCCAGUGAGCCACCGCCAGCAGGACACUCGCCAGGUGGGGCGACUGGCCGAGAGAGCCAGGAUAGCAGUCGCCGCGAGUCAUGGCUGCAUCCGAACAACCUGGAGAAGGUACGCCAGCACAAUAUCCAGACCGGAAUGGAUCAAGCCUCCCCUCACAAUAGCACUCUCAACGAGUUGGUGCCCCGCAAACCCCUGGAGACAUAUCGGCCAACUUCAACAGUGCGCUUGUCGGUAUCCACGAUUCCUGAGAACCCUUUCGAGGAUCAGGCUAGCGCUAUUGCCAGGCGAGAUACAUUCACUUCGGAUCAGGCUAACGAGAGCGGGCUUUUGAGCAGAUCCCAUGAGGCGGAGGAGCACUCGGCAAACCGUUCACGUCUGGCCAUAGAGGCGGCUGCUAGCGAGGACGCCGACUACGAGACACAUCCCACAGGCAUUGUGUUGCGUCGUGUGGGGUACUACACCAUCCCAACGCUGGACGAUCUGCGCUCCUAUUUGGCCGAAGAUGGAUCCUGUGUGGUUCCGAACUUUACAGUUGGACGCGAGGGCUACGGAAAUGUGUUCUUUGGCAAGGAACUGGAUGUGGCUGGCCUGAAUAUAGAUGAGAUAGUCCACUUCCGCAACAGGGAAAUUAUUAUUUAUCCCGAUGACGAUAACAAGCCUCCCAUUGGUCAGGGCCUGAACCGGGACGCACAGGUAACCCUGGAUCAGGUGUGGCCACUGGACAAGACGAAGCAUGAGGCCAUCAAGGAGCCACAGCGCCUGCUCGAGAUGGACUGGGAGGGCAAGCUGCGCCGGGUUUGUGACAAGAAUGACACCCGCUUCAUCGAAUACCGCCCGGAGACGGGCAGCUGGGUAUUCCGCGUUAAACACUUUUCGAAAUACGGUCUUGACGACAGCGAUGAGGAAGAACAAGUGCCCACCGAUCCAAAAAAGGCUAAAAUGGUUUCCCUGGAGGCGCAACAACGAGCUGCUGCUGAUAAGAUGACACUGAACUCACUUCGUCAGGCCCAAAAGAUAUCGGAGGAUGCGGCCCGCAGUCUUGAUGCAAAGGCCUUGGUCGCUGGAGUGAUCAACGGAUCCAGAGCAAUGGAUGACACAGCUGAGUUUUUGCUGUUUGAUAAGACACAGUUUUUCCAGGCCGGCAUGGGAUCAAAUUUCUCCAUGUUUGAUGCCCCGCCGCGUCCCCAGCCGACCUAUUUCAGCCCCACAGCCGCUGUGGCCCAGGAUAUAGUGGGUAACGAGCCGCACAAAAUGCAACUGAUGAAGUCCUCCCUGUUUGUGGACGACAAUGCCAGCGAGGAUGAGGCUAUGGAGCCAACCAAAGGAUAUCGCAACUUCUUCAACGUAGAGCCCUCUCCAUGGAAAGAUGCCGGCUCCGAGAACUCCAGCCAAUAUGACUUUGGGCACCCAUCUGCUCUGCCCGUCUCCUCCUCGGUCUCUGUGGCCAGCCUCCUGUGCGACGCACAUUCCGAGGAAACCUCAUCAAUGGCGACCGGAAGCAUACCAGCUGGCGAAAAGGAGAAGCACAGGGAGUCUGUGGUGUUAAAGCCCUUCAAAUUUGUGUGCAAGCCCAGAGUGGCCUCGGUCAAGGUGUUUGCCACCACGGUACCUUUGCCACGAUCCAUUGCCUAUGAUCUGCGUGAAACCUGGAUUGCUGAUCUGGGAUUAUACAGGGGACGCAGUUUCAAGCUGAGCUUUGGGCCGAAGAACUCCCUGGUGUUGCCGAACACCUUCAACAAUCUGCGCAAUCUCAAGGAAUUUUCUGGACCCGCUUUGCCCGCUUCUUUGGUUUUUGCUCCUCGUUUGUCCAGCGAUAUGUCACCCAAUGUAUUGCAAAUGGUGCAGUUUAACAUGGUCAAGGGCAAUGGUAGCAUUCGCGAGGGCAUUGUCUCCCACCUGGAGGUGCAACUGCGCGACAGCCUGGCUGUGGAGGUGGAGGGAAGUGAGUGCCCCUGGCUGCAUCCAAACAAUGGCACAGAUCUGGUGUCUAAGCACUUUGCCGAGUCGUUAAAGCAGCGAGACGGCGGCGAAAUGGAGGAGUACUAUGUGUCCGUGUGGUCGCUCCUGUUCGCCCUGUGGGGUGUGCAUGACGAACUACUGGACAUGGACGUCAACUCGCACUAUAUGGUCAUGUGCCGGCGCAGCCUGCUCUCCGAGUGGCUCGAGAAUACGCUGAUGGGAAAGGAUCUGCUCUCGAAGAAGGUGAGCACCCACACCUACCUGGAGCACAUGCUGGAUUUGCUCAGUUGCCAUCGCGUAAGCGAGGCUUGCGAGCUGGCCUUCAACUACGAUGACGCGAAUUUGGCUCUUGUAUUGGCUCAACUCAGUUCGGGUGCCGAGUUUCGAUUGCUGAUGGAAGAGCAGCUCUACGCCUGGCAGCAGAGCAAGUCGGACAAGUACAUCGACCUGGAGCGCUUAAAGAUGUUCAUGCUGGCCGCCGGAGUGCCCCUAAUGCAGAGUUCCCAGGGGGCUAUUAACCUGCUGGAAGAUCAAAACUGGCUGACGGUAUUGGCCAUGCAGCUGUGGUACUUUACAGCGCCAACUUCCACUAUAACCGAUGCUCUGAACGCCUACAACAAGGCCUACCAGGCAGAGGAGUGCUAUGCGGAGGCCCCGAAGCCAAGCUACAAAGAUGAAUCUGCAUCUGCUACUGGGACGAAACCCGUCUACGACCUGCGCUACCACUUGCUCCAGUUGUAUUCCAAGCGAACGCACUCCCUGGAAGAAACCCUAAAUCCGAUUACACAUACCACCGAUCCCAUGGACUUUCGUCUAAGUUGGCUUGUUCUUCAAAACCUGCGAGCUCUCGGCUACCGUCACUGCUCGGAAUUAACAGAGUCUCGCCUCACGGUGGACUUUGCUAGCCAGCUGGAGAACGAAGGCCUUUGGCACUGGGGCAUUUUCGUGUUGCUGCACCUCAAGCGUCGGCCACAGCGGGAACGGGCUGUGCAGCAGAUGCUGCAGCGCAACGUAAUAGUAUCUGGCAAGAUACCUUUAAAUGCAGAGGAGUGUUUUGUUGUGGAGGAGUUGAAUGUUCCUAUGUGCUGGGUGGACUAUGCCAAGGCGGUGAAAGCCGGGGCAUCGGGAAAACGACACCUGCAAGCGAAGUACCUGCUGAAGGCCAGACACUGGGUGGAGGCACACGAGAUCAUCUUUCAGCACAUAGCCCCUGAUGCGAUUAUUAACGGACGAAUGGAUUACCUGCACAGCCUCCUCAUCCAGUUCGAGAACACCGAGGGCAGCAGCAUCCGUGUGCCCAACUGGGCCAACCAGGGUCAGAUCUUUCUGGACUUUAUUGACAUCAGUGCCAAGUUCAACCAGAUUCAGCAUACGAAAAACAUAGCAGACAUUAACGCGCGCUGGGAGAACCUAAAGCCGCAGCUUAGUGAGCUCUGCUCGAGGAUUGCCCUACUCCCAUGUCCCACUUCAAAGCACCGACUCUGCCAGAGCGAAAUCUCGCAAAGCAUCAGUUAUUUGGUUCACGGCAUGUGCAUCGUCUGCCCCAAUACGGAAUUGUCCUCUGUGUUAAAGGUGGCGCUGGAGCGGCUGCCGCUGCCGCAGGAGUUCUCCUCAAAGGAGCUGCGCGUCCUUUUAGAGGAAUUGCUGGAUAACAUGGAGAACGCGGUGCCCUUCAAAAUGCAGCAACCGAUGGAGACAUAAGAAAAGAAAAAAAAAGAACGCUUGAUUAAAGAAUACUUGUUUAGUUUAGGUUCGAAUUAGCUUAGAUAUAAAGAAUUGAUUAGCGUCUCCCUCGCACGCGAAAGAAAGUCACUUGUAGGAUAGGUCCGAGUAUUGCAUCAUUCGUCAUGAUUGCUCUAUAGUUAAUACAUAAAUGUUUCGUCAGAAAAGACAAUGCCAGAGGAAAUAUUAUUUUUGUUGAUUUGUUUACUUGAUUUCUAACUGCUUUGCUAUGUAAACCUAGUUUUUUUGGUAAAAAUUCAAAAUUAAAUAAACUACGAUCUGUUUAAUAACUAUAA